CUUCUCCAAAGAGAAACACCAGCAAAUGCUAAGAAUAGCGUAAAGAGAAACAAGAAUAGACAUGCUAAGAAAAGAUAUGGCAGUGGACUCUACUACCAUUUGUGGUAAAGAAGAAGUGUAACUAGCCUCUACCAAGAAGGCAACUCGAACAACAACGUCCAUGAAUACCAAUUCAAGAGACUCUUUCUUGACCUCUGAGAAGAAUCAGGAGGAUCAGCUAAAUUCAACAAAAUCUCAGAUUGUUGAAGCAAAAGAAGAAAACGAAAGACUAAAGUCCACGCUAUCCAAAAUCAUGAAGGAUUACAAAUCCUUGCAAAUGCAUUUUCAAGGCGUAGCUCAACCUUAUCAUAAACCUCAAUAUUCAAAGGAUAUUGCAACAAGUACUAUUGUUGAAGUGGAAGAAGAAGAAGAAGAAGUGGAACUUGUUUCACUGAGCCUAGGGAGAACUUCAAGAGAGAUCAAGAAGGAAUAUGAUCAAAAUGAGGGUAAAAAUAAAAAGCAUAGUAAAUUAUUAUUUGAUGGUCUUGAUCUGGGAUUAGACAGUAGAUUUAGUUCAGAUUUAACUAAAGUCACGAAAAAUUAUGAUACCUCAGAAAAUAGCUUUGAGGAAUCAAAGAAGGAGAAUAUAAAUGAACCAUGCCCAAAAAUGGCACGAAUUAGUGGGGAUGAUGAUGAAGAUUUUUUGCAGCAGAAUUCUCAAAAGAAGGCUAGGGUAUCUAUAAGAGCUGCGUGUGACACUACUACGAUGAAUGAUGGAUGUCAAUGGAGAAAAUAUGGACAAAAAAUAGCUAAAGGGAACCCAUGUCCUAGGGCAUACUACCGUUGCACUGUCUCCCCGUCAUGCCCAGUCAGAAAACAGGUUCAAAGGUGCUUUGAAGACAUGUCCAUUUUGGUCACCACUUAUGAAGGAACACACAAUCACCCCCUUCCAAUUUCAGCAACUGCCAUGGCUUCCACCACCUCUGCAGCUGCCUCUAUGCUAAGAUGCACUUCCUCCUCAUCAACUUCACAACAAUGUUUCUCAAAUGUUGAUCAAAAUUUUCAUGGAUUCAACUUCACUAAUAAUACUUCAAACAAUAACUUAUUAGCCACACAUGCACCAACUUUCUACUUACCACCAAAAACUUCAAUCUCCACUUCCCAAUCACACCCCACAAUUACUCUUGAUUUCACUACAAACUCAUCAUCAUCAUCUAGUCACACAUUGUCUUCUCAAAGAUAUUCUUCCACUUCUCUCAAAUUUUUCACACCACCAUCAAGUACUUCUUCUUCCUCUUUCAAUUCAUAUACUUCAUUGUGUAAUAAUUUCAAAAGUCGAAUUGGAGCUGCUUCAUAUCUUGGGACGCCAUGCUUUUCUCAGCCCUUCACUUCCAACAACACUCUGAAUAUGACCAUUGAUGAGUAUAGCGGUGGAGCCAGAAAUUCUGACAAAUGGAUUCAAGAAAAUGCAAAAGUGUCACGCCUAGGAUUUGACCAUGUGACUGUAAAUAAAUUUUAAACCACUUUUGUCACUAAAGUAGAAUCUUCUUUUUUGUUAAGAGAAAUCAACAUUUUAUACAUAUACAUA